UUCGAUUUGAAUACAGUCGAUUCAAUUUCUGAUUUCCGAAAAAAUACAACUAAUUUUGAUGUAUUCUAUACAGCUAAUGUUAUUGGUCGUCACCACUUCUCCGGUGGCGGAUUGCGUGAAUGUUAAAAGAGAUGUCUUUUUCUUGAGGGAGGGUGCAAGCAUGCUCUGGUGCAAGGAAGAAUGUGGUUAUAGUGCACCGUGUGAUAGCAUUGGUCAGGAUAAAACAGCUACUUAUUGGAUAACUUGUUUUGAACGUAGCUGCUGGUUACUUAAUUCUCAGGGUUAUGAUGUCGCUAGAAUCGCUUUUAAUUUGCUGAAGAAUAACCAGAGUCAGAAGAGAAGUAUAAACUAUUCCGAUGAGCAGGAAAUCGCUCAUUCAUUCAGUAAAACUACAAUAAGUGGUUUGUGUAAUAACAAAUGUAUAGCAAACGAAAUUUGCGAGGUUGCAACUGAAAAAUGUGUUUGCAUUGCUGGUUUUAUACGGAUCAACGGUUCCUGUCAUUCGGUACCGAUUACUGGCAGUCUAUUUAAUUCAUCAUUCUCUACUCCAAAAUUUGAAAUUGUUGGUCCAACAACUGUUCAGCUCCCUCAUGACAGUACCAUAUUGUCUAUAAAAUUUAUUGACGCAACUCAGGAAAAUCAGUCAAAUUUCACUUAUUAUUGGGAGGUUCUAGAUGGAGGAGGUUUCGGUACAGCAAACACAUAUACGGAACCAACUCUUAUCAUCACAAAUUUAAAAGAAGGAAUGAUGCGUUUACGUGUCACUGUCGCAAAUUCUACUAAUAAAAGCUUCAAGGACACGACACUCAGAGUUCUUGCAGAACAACGCGCCAAUAAGCCACCCGUAGCGCUAAUACGCCCCUCAAGUCUAAUUCAUGUUAGCGAAGGGAAUCAUUUAGUAUUGGAUGCCGAAGGUAGUUGGGAUGACAGUGGUCAGCCUUUGGAAUAUGAAUGGAAACUUCUAAACGGUCCGGCAAUUUCAUUACCUGCAAUGAACACAGCUGUGCUCCGCCUUGAUAAUCUUGUCACCGGAAAUUAUACCUUUGGGUAG